GCCUACCCACCCAGCUCCUUCACCACGAGCCAGCCCGCCGUGCUGGUCGUGUGUGGGCCGGGGAACAACGGCGGGGAGGGCUUUUUAGUCUGCGCCCGACACCUGAAAAUGUUUGGCUACGAGCCGACCGUGUAUUACCCCAAGCGCCCCAACAAGCCCCUGUUUGAAGGUCUGACCACCCAGUGCCAGAAGAUGGACAUCCCCUUCCUCCCCGAGUUCCCGGCUGAGGCUGCACUCAUCGAUGAGCUCUAUGGCCUGGUGGUGGAUGCGAUUUUCGGGUUCAGCUUCAAGGGAGCGGUGCGGGAGCCCUUUGGCAGCAUCCUCAGCACCCUUGAGCGCAUCACGGUGCCCAUCGCCAGCAUCGACAUCCCCUCGGGCUGGGGCGGGGACGAGGGGCAGGGGGGGGACGUGGAGAAGGGGAAGGCGGACGGUCUCCAGCCCGACAUGCUCAUCUCACUCACGGCACCCAAGAAGGCAGCAAUGCAUUUUGCCGGCCGCUACCACUUCCUCGGGGGCAGGUUUGUGCCCGCUGCGCUCCAGGAGAAAUACGCUUUAAACCUGCCACCAUACCCCGAGACGGACUGCGUCCUGCAGCUGACCUAG